UCCAAUCAACAGAAUCAGAUCGCAGAAUCCCAUACGUUCGUUCAUACGUUCCGAUUAACAUUCAGAGAGAGAUAUGGCUUGUGCUGGAGAUAAAAGAGUUAGGGAUGUGGACGAUAAACCGAAUUACAUUGUGAGAAUAACUUCCUCUGAUGAAGAUGAUGACGACGAUUACGAUUCGAUUGAAUACGUUUCCUCUCCUAGGAAGCCGACUGAGGAAGAAAUUUUUGACUAUUACAGACAGGCCUUCAGCAGUAAGGGAUUCGAUGUUCCAGAGACUGGAUGCUUAUUAGCUGGCGGAAUUGGACCCUAUCGGAUAAUAGAUGAGACACGUGAGCAACGUGUGACCGGCAUGGCUAAGCAAGCUUUGCAAGUCUAUAAUGGCGAAAAUAAUGCGCGUUUUGAGUUUGAUCACCUUGUCAAGGCUAAUAGCCAAGCUGUUGCUGGCCUUAUGUUUUACAUUACUUUUAUGGCACGCUCGGGAGAUAAUGCGUCUCAAACCUUUUAUGCCACAGUGUGGAAAAAAAUAUGUAAUCAGGGAACAGAAGUCCAGAGUUGUGUGAUGGAAACUGAGCAGGAAGCUUGUACUUCUCAGGUGUAAGUUGCAGAGACAAGUCUAGGAAGUGUAAUUAGAAGUUAGUGAGAUAUAGUUUUUAGCUCAAUUAGGAAGUGUAAUCUGAGCUGAGCUCAUCUACAAGCUGAGGUUCACCACCCUUAGCUUCAUUCCUCUUCUGCUAUCUUUUCUCUUUUUAUCAACUGUUCUUGAUUUCUAAAACCACAAGUUCUCAAUUUUAGCAACUACACAUGAUUUUGAAUAAUCACCAUGUAGUAUAUACCUACUCUAAUAUGGGUGAGUUUUAGCAUGAGGCUCGUCUGUAAAGGAUCAAGCGGAUCCCGGUGCGCUGUAUCAAUAUUGACACCACUUGGUUUUACGUUUUA